AUGCUGGAGCAGCUGGUGGCUGAGACAGCCAACGAGCUGAAUGAGCAGGAUCAGGAGCUGGCGCAGCAAAUGGAAGCCAGGUUUUUGAACGUUCAAAAGGACUAUGAGAAGCUCACCUUCGCCUCAGGGAGCCUGCAGAAAGACUCUCAAGAAAAGCAGAAAGCAAUCGAGAUGCUGUUCCAGUCUCUGGAGAAGCUGCAGAAGGAGAAGGCAGAUGAGAGGGACAUGUUGGCAGCAAUAGAAGUGAAGGCGGACAAAGCUGACUUGGGCAGCAAAGUCGAUUGCAACCAGUUUGAACAGAACAUGGAGCAGGUGGAUGAGAGGAUGCAGGAUUUGCAGAGCCAGAUUUCAGACCAAGAGCAGCACUGGAACGAGGUGCAGCAGAAGUUCAGCGAGGCAAUGGAAGAGAAGCUGGAUCGACUGGAGCUGAAGGCUUUCCGUAAGCGCCUGGAGGAGUCUUGGAACAGAAGCAUCGGGGAUUUUGAAAAGAGAGUGACAGAAGACACUGGUGCUGGGAUUAAGAAGCAGCUGCCAGUGCCUUUCUCGUGCCUGUCCUGUGACCGCAUGCUCACCAUGCAGGUUCCUGGCCCGUACCCCGAGACACUUCCAUAUCUGCAGCCGCUGCCCCCUGGCAAGGAAUCCCGUCACAGCCAAAGGAGGUCAGUGGUCAAUGGCAGUGUCUCCCGUGUGCCACAGAGCUGCGGGGACCAUCAGAUCAGCAGCUCCAUGAUGCAGCACAUCAUGGCUUCACCACAUACAAGCGCACAGAUGCAGCGUCUCCUGGUACUCUCCAACAAGCCUGGAAUGACCCAGCUGCUGGACAGUAGUGGACACUUCCCGAGGGGCCGGAAUGACCAGCUUCCUGUGGCAAUCAGGGCACAGGAUGAGUCAGGCGCUGCCGCCCCACGGAUGCACUUGCCAGGCACAGCCCCCCAACACUCCUGGGCACCUGGGCUGGUCCAGCCCCGCCGGACAACAACCCCCACUCAUCUGGACGGGACUCAGCGCCCAGUGCUCGAUCUGACACAUCUGGUCAGAAGCCAGAAAGCUCCGUAA